ACAAUAGAGAGUGACAAAACCCUAACCUCCAUCAUCGUCCUCUACUCUCACGUGCUCCACCACACGUCCUUCUUCUUCUUCUUCACUCCGUCUCUUCCUCCCUUUCAGCAGCACAUUGUCGCCGCCCCCUCUCUCCCGUUCAGUGCUACUGCCGCCGUUUCCGUUGCCGUCUUUUCUCUGCUCGUGUCGUCCCAGCCUCUCUCGAACAGCAGAUAGUGAGCAAGUCCUCUUCUAAGCUUUAAAGCAUUGAAAUUGCACCCGAGUAAGCGAGAGAAUUUAGACAGCCAUUUGGUGGCACAACUUCAAUUUUUUUUCUUUCAAUCAACGAGAUGGGGAGGGCCAAGAAAGGACCCAAGUUUGCAGUCAUGAAGAAGAUGGUCACCUCUAAAGCCAUUAAAAACUACAAGCAAGAGGUCUUGAAUCCAAAAAGAAAAGAUCUUACGAAAGAAAACCUCCCAAGAAAUGUUCCAAAUGUUCCUUCGGCACUUUUCUUCAAGCACAACACUGCAUUGGGGCCACCUUAUCGGGUCUUGGUGGAUACAAAUUUCAUCAAUUUCUCCAUUCAAAACAAAUUGGACUUGGAGAAGGGAAUGAUGGACUGUCUAUAUGCUAAAUGCACUCCUUGUAUAACAGACUGCGUGAUGGCUGAGCUUGAGCGAUUAGGUCAGAAGUAUCGUGUUGCUCUUAGAAUAGCUAAGGACCCACGAUUUGAGAGACUACCCUGUACUCAUAAAGGAACCUAUGCUGACGAUUGCCUUGUUGAAAGGGUGACUCAGCAUAAGUGUUAUAUCGUUGCUACUUGUGAUAGAGAUUUGAAGCGUAGGAUUCGCAAGAUUCCUGGCGUACCCAUCAUGUAUAUAACUCGACAUCAGUAUUCGAUUGAGCGGUUGCCUGAGGCAACAAUUGGAGGAGCUCCAAGGAUGUAAUUGUGGGACUUCACAGUGAUGGACAAAAAAAAAAUUCUUGAAGAGGUUUUUCCCCUGACCUCCAACCAACUUUUCCCAAGAGAAAAUUAAAUUAAAAGAAAAUAUUAGUAGGCAUUGGUAUCAUGUAAAUUUCUUUUGGCUUUAGGAUCUGUUUCUUUCUGUUGUCCCUCAUUUCUACAAUUAUUUGAUUUUCUUUUUACGUAUAGUUUAUGUACCCUCUAAAGAAGAAAAAAAAAUGCUUCUCCCUACUUCUGGGUUGUUGAGAUGCGUAUGAUCAUUUGUUGUACUACAACUAUGGUAUUAAAUUUUGGUUGAUAUGUUGA